AUGGCGCCGUCAAAGCGCCCUCCGCCUCCGGUCGUAGACUUGACCGGAGACCCUCCCCGGAAGGCCGCCCGGUCCAGCAAUGGGUCAUUUGUGCAGUCCUCAAGCCAACAUGCGCCGUCUUCCAAGCCCUACCAUUCAACUCCCCCAUCUUCGUCAUUGGCCGCUAGUCAGCAAGGACCACGUUCCUCGUGGGCUGAGGUCUCGGAUGAUGAGGAAAAUGUUGAUUACAGCCAGACCCCGCAGAUGGAAUUCUACGGCACGAUGGAGACCAAGAUCGUGGGUGUCAGAUACUACAGCGGCGUGGUGACUCCGGGCGAGUCUAUCAUUUGCCGCCGCGAAGCAGGAAAUCCAUAUGACAGCAACGCAAUUCGUAUCGACAACGUCAUGGGCUCUCAGAUCGGCCACUUGUCCCGCAAUGUGGUGACCAAGCUCGCGCGUUACAUCGACAGGCACGGUAUCGUCCUGGAAGGGGUGCUCAAUGGCCACAAAGGCGCUUUUGACUGUCCCAUCCGCCUUUACUUCUACGGUCCAAGCGACCCUUCAGCCCGGCUACCGCUUGAGGAAAAGCUGAAAGCUGACAAGAUCUUGAAGGCCACGGAGCUGAAGAACACCAGGAAAGAAGCCGAAGCCCAAAGAGCCGUCGCCAUGGGCCUUAAAAACGGGACGCCUGCUGUUGGAUUGGGGUCUUCCCAAGAAGCAGAACAGGAAGACUUCCUCCAGAACAGCGAAGAGAUUGAUAUCAGAGAAGACCUCAGUGCCCUCGACGUAUUCGCCAUGGACGAAGAUACGCUCUCGAGGAUGCCAAUGGCUACGCAGCCGGAUGCUGUUGAGUCGAAACUCCUGCCAUACCAGCUUCAGGGACUGGCUUGGAUGACAGCCAAAGAGAACCCCCAACUUCCCCCUCCAGGAUCCAACGAUGUUGUUCAGAUGUGGAAGCGUAACGGCCAGAACGGGUUCAAGAACAUCGUCUCCAGUCACGUUACCAAUGAUCGCCCGGCUCUGGCGUCUGGCGGACUUCUUUGCGACGACAUGGGACUGGGCAAGACUCUCCAGAUCAUAAGUUUGAUCUUGACCAUUGGUUUUGAUGACGGCCCAACCCUGCUUAUUGCACCUGCAGGCGUGAUGAGCAACUGGGAACAGCAAAUGUACCGCCAUGUCAAGGUUGACGAAGCUCCACGUGUGUUGAGAUAUCAUCGGCAGAAGGGUGGACAAUAUUCACCACAAGACUUCCUGAAGUAUGACGUCGUCAUCACCAGCUAUGGGAAGCUAAUUGCUGAAUUCACUGUCAAUGACAAGCAAGGGCUCUUCUCGAUGACUUGGCGACGUGUAGUUCUGGAUGAAGGCCACAAAAUCCGGAACGCGGCAACCAAGGCGGCCCAAGCCGCCUGCAUCCUGAAAGCCAAAUCUCGCUGGGUUCUGACGGGUACUCCGAUAGUCAACGAUGUCUUCGAUUUCCUGUCAUAUCUGCGUUUUCUCAGGAUCACCGGAGGCGUCGAGCAGAAAGCGCUGUUUUCGAACAAGAUUGGUCAACCACUUAAGGAUAACUCGGGGGACAAGAACGCGAACCAGAGCCAAAAGCGCACGGAGGCUCAGAAACUCUUCCAGUUCUUAGUUCAAGACCUGUGUCUUCGGCGCAAGAAAGACAUGAGGUACAUCGACCUGAAGCUCCCCGACAAGAAGGAAUUCUUGCACCGAGUCACUUUCACGGAGCGUGAAAAGGAAAAGUACAACACAUUACUGUCAAAAGCUCAGGAGGCCUUGCGAGUGUACGAAAAGGGGAAGAACAAGCGGAAAAGAGGCUCUCAGCCAGCAGUCGAGCCGGUCAAAUUCGCGGGCGUACUGGAACAACUUCUGCGCCUUAGACAGAUGUGCUGUCACUGGAGUAUGACCGGAUCUCAUGUUACGGAAAUCCUUCAACAGCUCGACGAUCAAGAGCUCGUCGAUUUCACGGACGACAACCAGAAAAUCCUCCAAGAAGCUCUGCUUGAGGCCAACAACAGUGGUGAGGAAUGUCCAAUCUGCUAUGACGCAAUCAGCAUGCAUAAGCCCGUGAUCACGGCAUGCAAGCAUCGCUUUGGAAUGAAAUGUGUUACGGAGGCCAUCAAACGAAAUGGCAGCUGCCCAAUGUGCCGGCAGAAACUCAUAGUGGACCAGCUGCUCGAGCUCGAGGUUGUGGACCCCAAGGCUCGCGCAGAUGAGAUGCCAAACACCCAUAGCUCCAAAACCGACCACUUGGAGCGCAUCGUGGAGAAGCAUCUUGCUGAUCCGAAGUCAAAGGUGGUUAUCUUUUCUCAGUGGACGAAGUUCCUCGACAUCAUCGAGUGCGUCUUGGCUGAGGCGGGACACAACUCGGUUCGCCUCGAAGGAUGUAUGACUAUAAGCCAACGAGACAAAGCCAUCGAGGCCUUGAACACUGACCCUGACACUCGAAUCAUGCUGGUUAGCUUGCAAGCUGCCAGUGUCGGUGUUAACUUGGUUGGAGCCGACACUGUGAUCCUUGCGGACUGCUGGUGGGCACCAGCAAUCGAAGACCAAGCGGUAGACCGUGUGCAUCGACUGGGCCAAGAGAGGCCAGUGACGGUCUAUAAAUUCGUCGUGGAACAGUCGGUUGAGUAUCGCGUGCUCAAGAUUCAAGCCGAAAAGCGGCAAUUAGUCGCCCUUGCAUUCCAGGAGAAGGACGGCGGUCAGAAAAAGGAGACACUGAGCGACAUUCAACGGUUGCUCUCGUCAACUCCGGACGACGAGCCUGCCCCGGGCGAACCUGACGACAGUGACCCAGUGAUGGGAUGA